GCCCACUUCUACAAACAUGGCGGCACAUUGGGAUGGGAUGGGAUGGGAGCGGUGUAAAUGUGUAACAAGGUGCCUGCCCCUCCCUCGCCUUCCCUCCUCCCAUCCCUCCCUUCCUCCCUCAUCCGAGGGAGUCGAGGCGAGAGGAGAGAGGGGGACAGCCUUACCUCCUGUCACUCUCUCUCACCACCACCGUGAGAGCGCAGGACUCACGCUGUCCUCCAGCACACCCACACACACAAACACCGAGACAGAGAGAGAGAGAGAGAGAGAGAGAGAGAGAGAGAGAGAGAGAGAGAGGAAGACGGGCACAGCAGCGAGGAAGGAGAAGGAGAAGAAGGAGGGACGUAGCAGAGGAGAUAAUAGAAAUCCAAAUAAAAAUCCUGAAGGGAGAAAACUGAAGGAUUGUCUCUUUUCUCCCGAGGAGCUGCGAAUAACCCUCGGUGAAAGAUGGCAGAAGGGGGAGAGGGAGAAGAGGAGAUUCAGUUCCUGCGAACGGAUGACCAGGUGGUUCUGCAGUGCACUGCCUCCGUCCUGAAGGAGCAGCAGAUUAAAUUAUGCCUGUCCUGCGAGGGCUUCGGCAACCGCCUCUGCUUCCUGGAGACCACGUCCAACGCUCAGAAUGUGCCUCCGGACUUGGCCAUAUGCACCUUCAUUCUGGAGCAGUCCCUCUCAGUCCGAGCUCUGCAGGAGAUGCUGGCCAACACAGUGGACAUGACUGAGUCGUCCCAGGGUGGAGGCCAUCGUACUUUACUGUACGGUCAUGCCAUUCUUCUGAGACACCACCACUCAGGCAUGUACCUGAGCUGCCUGACUACAUCUCGGUCCCUCACGGACAAGCUGGCCUUCGAUGUAGGCUUGCAGGAAGAUGCCACUGGUGAGGCGUGCUGGUGGACUAUUCAUCCAGCCUCCAAGCAGAGAUCAGAAGGUGAGAAGGUCCGAGUGGGAGACGACCUCAUCCUUGUCAGUGUGUCCUCUGAGAGAUACCUGCAUCUGUCCUAUGCCAGUGGAGAUCUGAUGGUGGACGCCUCCUUCAUGCAAACUCUGUGGAACAUGAACCCAAUCAGUUCAGGAUGCGAGCUAGCUGAGGGGUUUCUGACUGGAGGUCACGUUCUCAGGCUAUUCCACGGCCACAUGGACGAGUGUCUGGCCAUCGCUACACCAGAGGAAGGAGAGGAAAAACGCAGGACGGCCUCAUAUGAAGGCGGCGCUGUUUGCAGUCAGGCUCGAUCCCUGUGGAGGCUGGAGCCCCUCAGAAUCAGCUGGAGCGGUAGCCACAUGAAGUGGGGACAGUCUUUCCGCAUUCGCCACAUCACCACGGGCCGAUACCUGUGUCUUGAUGAGGAAAAAGGCCUGUUGGUGGUCGACCCAGAGAGGGCCAAUACCAAGCUGUCCGCAUUCUGCUUCCGUGCUUCAAAGGAGAAGGUGGACGUGGCUCAGAAGCGUGACGUCGAGGGGAUGGGCAUCCCAGAGAUAAAGUACGGAGAGUCCAUGUGCUUCGUCCAGCAUGUGUCCACAGGCCUGUGGCUCACAUAUGCUGCCCUGGAUGCCAAAGCUGCUCGUUUGGGGAUGAUGAAGAGAAAGGUCAUUCUGCACCAGGAGGGCCACAUGGACGACGCUCUAACUGUGUCCCGCUCCCAAACUGAAGAGUCUCAGGCUGCUCGAAUGAUUUACAGCACCACGGGCCUCUUCAGACAGUUCAUCAAGGGCCUGGACUCUCUGAGUGGGAAGAGCAAGUCACCGGUGGCAGUGUCACUUCCUCUGGAGGGAGUCAUCCUCUCGCUUCAGGAUCUCAUCUUCUACUUUCGUCCACCCGAGGAGGAACUGGAGCACGAAGAGAAGCAGACCAAGCUCCGAUCCCUCCGCAACCGGCAGAACCUCUUCCAAGAGGAGGGAAUGAUUACCAUCGUGCUGGAGUGCAUCGACCGCCUGAACGUGUACAACACUGCUGCUCACUUCUCUGAAUUUGCCGGAGAGGAAGCUGCAGAGUCUUGGAAGGAGAUUGUCAACCUUCUUUAUGAGCUGCUGGCUUCUCUAAUCAGGGGGAACCGCUCUAAUUGUGCAUUGUUCUGUGACAACCUGGACUGGCUGGUCAGCAAACUGGACCGUCUGGAGGCCUCCUCGGGUAUUCUUGAGGUGCUGUACUGUGUCCUAAUUGAAAGCCCCGAGGUUUUGAACAUCAUCCAGGAGAACCACAUUAAGUCUAUCAUCUCUCUCCUGGACAAACAUGGAAGGAACCACAAGGUGCUGGAUGUCUUGCGCUCUCUUUGUGUGUGUAACGGUGUUGCUGUGAGGUCCAACCAGAACCUCAUCACUGAAAACCUGCUCCCGGGUCGCGACCUCCUGCUGCAGACUAACAUUGUAAACUACGCCACCAGUGUGCGACCCAAUAUCUUCCUGGGUACAUGUGAGGGGUCCACCCAGUAUAAGAAGUGGUACUACGAGAUGAUGGUGGACUACGUGGAGCCCUUUGUGACAGCACAGGCGACUCACCUGAGGGUGGGCUGGGCUAUGACGGAGGGCUACAGCCCCUACCCUGGAGGAGGAGAAGGCUGGGGAGGCAACGGUGUAGGAGAUGACCUUUACUCUUACGGCUUUGAUGGACUACAUCUGUGGUCAGGUACCGUCGCCCGUCAGGUGGCUUCGCCCAGCGCUCACACUCUGGCUGCGGAUGAUGUCGUCAGCUGCUGUCUGGAUCUGAGCGUGCCCAGUAUCUCCUUCCGCAUUAACGGCCACCCAGUUCAGGGCAUGUUUGAAAACUUUAACGUGGACGGCCUCUUCUUCCCCGUCAUCAGCUUCUCUGCAGGAGUCAAGGCCCGCUUCCUUCUUGGUGGUCGCCACGGAGACUUCAAGUUCAUGCCUCCACCCGGUUACGCCCCGUGUUACGAAGCUGUGCUGCCCAGAGAGAGGAUGCGUAUUGAACCCAUCAAGGAGUACAAGCACGACUUUGAGGGUGUUCGCAACCUUCUAGGCCCCACUUUAUCCCUCACCCACACCUCGUUCACCCCCUGCCCCGUGGACACCGUUCAGAUCGUGUUGCCACCUCACCUGGAACGCAUCCGAGAGAAGCUGGCGGAGAAUAUUCACGAGCUGUGGGCUGUCACUCGUAUUGAGCAGGGCUGGACCUAUGGGACUUUCAGGGAUGACAACAAGAAACUCCAUCCUUGUCUGGUGGACUUCCUGAGUCUGCCCGAACCAGAGAGGAACUACAACCUGCAGAUGUCUGGGGAGACUCUGAAGACUCUCUUGGCUCUGGGUUGCCACGUCGGUAUGGGUGAUGAGAAAGCAGAGGAGAAUCUCAAGAAGAUCAAGCUCCCCAAGACCUAUGUGAUGACCAACGGAUACAAGCCUGCCCCCCUCGACCUCAGCCAUGUCAAGCUUACACCAAACCAGAACCAGCUUGUGGAGAAGCUGGCGGAAAAUGGACAUAAUGUUUGGGCGAGGGACCGAGUGAGGCAAGGAUGGACCUACAGCAUUGUGCAGGACAUCGUAAAUAAACGAAACCCUCGUCUGGUACCUUACAACUUGCUGGACGAGAGAACUAAGAAAACGAACCGAGACAGUGUCAACAACGCUGUCCGCACCCUCAUUGGCUACGGCUACAACAUCGAGCCUCCAGAUCAGGAGAGCACUGGCCAUGGCCUUGAGAACACCCGUGGUGACAAAGUACGAAUCUUCAGGGCAGAAAAGUCGUACGCCGUCACUCAGGGGAAGUGGUAUUUUGAGUUUGAGGCAGUGACGACAGGGGAGAUGAGAGUUGGUUGGGCGCGUCCAAAUGUCCGCUCCGACACUGAACUGGGAGCAGAUGAACUGGCCUACGUUUUCAAUGGAAACAAGGCUCAAAGGUGGCACAUUGGCAAUGAACCCUUUGGUCGCCAGUGGCAGUCUGGCGAUGUCGUCGGCUGCAUGAUUGAUCUGACUGAGAUGAACAUCAUGUUCACGCUCAACGGAGAAAUGCUGAUCAGUGACUCGGGCUCAGAGAUGGCUUUCAAAGACAUUGAAGUCGGGGAAGGUUUUAUCCCAGUUUGUGCUCUGGGCCUGUCUCAGGUCGGAAGGAUUAACCUUGGUCAGAAUGUCAGCAGCCUGCGCUAUUUUGCCAUCUGUGGCCUGCAGGAAGGAUUUGAGCCAUUUGCCAUCAACAUGAAGCGAGACAUCACCAUGUGGUUCAGUAAAAGUUUGCCACAGUUUGUGCCUGUGCCCACUGACCACAAUCACAUUGAGCUGUCCCGUGUGGAUGGGACCGUGGACAGCGCCCCCUGUCUGAAGCUGACCCAUAAGACCUUUGGGUCGCAGAACGCCAACACCGACAUGAUGUUCCUCAGACUCAGCAUGCCCGUCCAGUUCCACGAGACCUUCAAGAUCCCAGCGGGCACCACCCCUCUCACCCGAGCCCUCACCAUACCCGAGGAGGAGGUGGUGGUGGUGGAGCCCGACUCUGAGUUUGAAGUUCUGAAGAAGUCUGCCAGUCGCAAGGAGCAGGAGGAGGAGAAGAAGGAGCCGUCAGUGUCAAAGGAGAUCUCUGUAGAAAACGAGAAGGACUCAAUGUCAGAAAAGGGGAAGAAGAAAGGAUUCUUCUCCAAAGCCAAGAAGGCAGCCAUGACACCUCUCGCUCCUCCUCCUGCUCCUCCAACGGUGCCACGUUUGGUGGAAGACGUGGUUCCUGAUGACAGAGAUGAUCCCGAGAUCAUCCUCAGCACCACCACUUAUUACUACUCUGUGAGGAUCUUUGCUGGGCAGGAGCCCUCCGGUGUUUGGGUCGGCUGGGUGACUCCUGAUUACCACCAGUUUGAUCCGACCUUUGACCUCUCCAAGGUGCGCAGCGUCACUGUCACCGUGGGAGACGACAAAGGCAACAUACACGACAGCAUGAAGCACAGUAACUGUUACAUGGUUUGGGGAGGAGACCUGGUCAGCAACCAGCAGACCCGCUUCAGCCAGGAGGACAUGGUAGUCGGCUGCCUGGUCGACCUGGCAACGGGCCUCAUGACCUUCACAGCCAACGGAAAGGAGAUCAACACCUUCUACCAGGUGGAGCCCAACACCAAGCUGUUCCCGGCCGUCUUCAUCCAGCCCUCCAGUCAGAACAUGGUGCAGCUGGAACUGGGCAAACUCAAGAACAUCAUGCCCAUCUCAGCGGCCAUGUUCCGCAGCGAGCGUAAGAAUCGUCCCCAGUGCCCUCCCAGGCUGGACGUCCAGAUGCUGACUCCGGUCAUCUGGAGCCGAAUGCCCAACCACUUCCUCAACCCGGAGGUGGGCAGAGUGAGUGAGAGGUUGGGCUGGAUGGUGGAGUGCACUGAACCUCUCAUCAUGAUGGCCCUGCACAUUCCAGAGGAGAACAGGUGCAUUGACAUCUUGGAGCUGUCGGAGCGUCAGGAUCUGAUGAAGUUCCACUAUCACACGCUGAUGCUCUACUGCGCCGUGUGUGCACUCGGCAACAACCGAGUGGCUCACGCGUUGUGCAGCCACGUGGAUGAGUCCCAGCUGUUCUACGCCACCGAGAACACCUACCUUCCGGGACCUCUCCGCAGCGGCUACUACGACCUGCUCAUCAGCAUCCACCUGGAGUCGGCCAAACGGGCGCGUCUGGGCACCAACAGGGAGUUCAUCGUUCCCAUGACUGAGGAGACUCUCAGUAUCCACCUCUAUCCGGAUGCAAAGAAGGCUCAUUCUCUGCCUGGCGUCGGCCUCACCACCUGCUUACGGCCAAAGCUGCACUUCUCAUCCAUCAACUUUGUCGGCACCGACCCUGAUCUCUACACACUCAGUCCUAUAUUCCCUCUACAGGAGCUGAAAACCAGGGCGAUUAGCAUGUUAACGGAGGCUGUGCUGGAUGGUAGCCAGGCCAUGAGGGAUCCCGUAGGAGGCAGCGUGGAGUUCCACUUCGUCCCCAUCCUGAAGCUGAUCAGUACGCUGCUCAUCAUGGGCAUCUUCAACGACGACGACACCAAGCAUAUCCUCAAAAUGAUCGACCCCAACGUUUUCAGCGGAAAGGAGGAGGAGGAGGGGGAGGGAGAGAAAGCCGAGGAGGGAGGAGAAGGUGAGGAAGGGAAGGACGAGGAAGAGGAGGAAGCUGAGCUGGAAGACGAAGGGGUCGGUGAGGAGGAAGAGGAGCUGAAAGAGCUGGAGAAAGCAGAGGAGGAAGAGGCCGAGCCCAAAGAGGAAGGAGAGGAGGGAGAGAAGGAGGAGGGAGAGGCCAAAGGAGGAAAAGUGGAUGGAGAGAAAGCAGAAGAGGAGAAGGAGGCCGAGGCAGUGGAAGCAGAAGCAAAAGAGGAGGAGGAGGGUUCGGAAGAAGGAUUACUCCAGAUGAAGCUGCCAGAGUCUGUCAAACUGCAAAUGUGCACCCUCUUGCAGUACUUCUGCGACUGCGAGCUGAGGCACAGAGUGGAGGCGAUCGUGGCCUACUCAGAUCAGUUUGUCCAAAACAUUCAGAGCAAUCAACGUGUUCGCUACAACCAGCUAAUGAGAGCUUUCACCAUGUCGGCUGCCGAGACUGCACGCAAGACCCGCGAGUUCCGUUCACCUCGCAAGACCAGGUACCAAUUAUUUUAUGCCAAAAAAGAGCAAGUACUUCUGCUGACCAACUUUAAACAUGGUCCAGAGGAUGAGGAGUGUCCAGUGCCAGAGGAGGUGCGAGACCACUUGGGAGAGUUUCACAGUGACCUCCUGCUCCACUGCGGCAUUCACAUUGAGGAAGAAGCAGAGGAAGAGGAGGUGGACACGUCACUGAGAGGCCGACUCCUCAGUCUGGUGGACAAGGUAAAGAACAUCCGCAAGAAAGAGGAGGUGGAGGAGAAGCCAGAGGCCGAGGAAGAACCAAAACUCAGCACCCUUCAGGAGCUCAUCUCCCACACCAUGAUCCACUGGGCCAGGAGUCCCUUCAUCCAGAACCCCGGUCUGGUGCGUAUGAUGUUCAGCCUGCUCCACCGGCAGUACGACGGACUUGGCGAGCUGAUCCGAGCGCUGCCAAAGCCUAACGCCAUCACGCCGUGCUGUUCAGGACACAUGGACCUGCUGGAGUGUUUGGGACAGAUCCGAUCGCUGCUCAUUGUCCAGAUGGGUCCCUGAAGGGAGCGACUCAUGAUCCAGAGCAUCGGGUCAGAUAUCAUGAACAACAAAGUGUUCUACAGACCCAAUCUGAUGAGAGCUCUCGGCAUGCAUGAGACUGUCAUGGAGGUGAUGGUCAAUGUGCUCGGUGGAGGAGGAGACUCAAAGGAGAUUCGAUUCCCCCAAAUGGUGACCAACUGCUGUCGUUUCCUGUGUUUCUGUCGCAUCAGCCGACAGAACCAGCGCUCCAUGUUUGACCAUCUGAGCUACCUGCUGCAGAACAGCGGCAUCGGUUUGGGCAUGCGUGGGUCCACACCUCUGGAUGUGGCUGCGGCCUCCUGCAUCGACAACAAUGAGCUGGCCUUGGCUUUGCUAAGAGCAAGACUCUGGAAAUGGUUUGUGGUGACAUACUUGGCCGGCUGUGGACUGCAGAUGUGUCCGAUGCUUCUGUCUAAGGGAUACCCUGACAUUGGCUGGAACCCCUGUGGAGGAGAGAGAUAUCUGGAUUUCCUGCGUUUUGCCGUCUUUGUCAACGGAGAGAGCGUGGAGGAGAACGCCAAACGUUGUGGUUCGUCUGCUCAUCCGUCGCCCGAGUGCUUCGGUCCAGCCCUGAGAGGAGAGGGUGGCAACGGCCUGCUGGCUGCCAUGGAGGAGGCCAUCAAGAUCUCAGAGGAUCCAGCGAGGGAUGGACCCACAGUCAAAAAAGACAGACGCUUCAUGUUUGGUGGUGAGGAGCAGCACGAGGAGAACCGUGUGCAUCUGGGAAAUGCCAUCAUGUCCUUCUACUCGGCCCUCAUCGAUCCUGGUCGCUGUGCCCCUGAGAUGCAUCUGAUCCAAGCAGGCAAAGGUGAAGCUCUGAGAAUCAGGGCCAUCCUGAGGUCUCUGGUGCCCAUUGAGGACCUGGUGGGGGUCAUCAGCCUGCCUGUGCAGAUUCCUGCCUAUGGAAAAGAAAGUCAGAUUAUUGAGCCCAAGAUGUCAGCCAGUUUUGUGCCCGACCACAAGGCCUCCAUGGUGCUGUUCCUCGACAGAGUCUACGGUAUUGAUAACCAGGACUUCCUGCUUCAUGUGCUGGAGGUCGGCUUCCUGCCUGACAUGAGAGCUGCAGCUUCUCUGGAUACGGUGGCGUUCAGUACGACUGAAAUGGCCUUGGCCCUCAACCGCUACCUCUGCUCAGCUGUUCUGCCUCUGCUCACCAAGUGUGCCCCGUUGUUUGCCGGGACGGACCACCGUGCCAUCAUGAUCGACUCCAUGCUCCACACCAUUUACCGUCUGUCCCGCGGCCGAGCCCUCACCAAGGCUCAGAGGGACGUUAUUGAAGAGUGCCUCAUGUCACUCUGCAAGUCAGUACCUCGACCUUCUAUGCUGCAGCAUCUGCUCAGAAGGCUGGUAUUUGAUGUACCCAUCCUCAAUGAAUACGCCAAGAUGCCCUCUUAAGGUUUGCCUCUGCUGACCAACCACUAUGAGCGCUGCUGGAAGUACUACUGCCUGCCAAACGGAUGGGCGAACUUCGGCGUGACCUCUGAGGAGGAGCUGCGACUCUUUCUCGAAAAGCUCUUCUGGGGAAUCUUUGAAUCGUUGGCACACAAGAAAUAUGAUGCAGAGCUCUUCAAGAUCGCCAUGCCGUGCCUCUGUGCGAUAGCCGGAGCCAUCCCUCCCGACUACGUGGAUGCCAGCUACUCAUCCCACACUGAGAAAAAGGCCUCAGUGGAUGGAGGCAACUUUGAUCCCAAACCAGUGGAAACCACCAACACCAUCAUCCCAGAGAGGCUGGAUGCUUUCAUCAACAAGUACGCAGAGCAUACUCAUGACAAAUGGGCUUUUGAAAAGAUUCAGAACAACUGGACGUACGGAGAGCUGUUGGAUGAGAACGCUAAGACUCACCCAAUGCUUCGGCCGUACAAAACUUUCUGUUCUCAGGACAAAGAGAUCUAUCGUUGGCCCAUCAAAGAAUCUAUCAAGGCCAUGCUGGCGUGGGAGUGGACCCUGGAGAAAGCCAGAGAAGGGGAGGGAGAAGUCGAGAAGAAGGCUGUCACCCGAAAGAUCUCCCAAAACCGCUCCACAUAUGAUCCCAGUCACGGCUACAACCCUCAGCCAAUAGACAUCGCAGGAAUGGCCUUGAGCAGAGAGCUGCAGUCUAUGGCUGAGCAGCUGGCAGAGAACUAUCACAACACCUGGGGCAGGAAGAAGAAGUUGGAGCUGCAGGCCAAAGGUGGUGGCACCCAUCCUUUGCUUGUGCCUUAUGACACCCUGACGGCCAAGAGAAGGCCAGAGACAGAGAAGAAACCAGACCUGCUCAAGUUCCUCCAGCUGAAUGGAUACGCCGUGACGAGGGGUCUAAAGGACAUGGAGCAGGACAUUUCCUCCAUCGAGAAGCGUUUUGCGUACGGCUUUCUCCAGAAAACUUCUCAAUGGAUGGACAUCGCUCAGGAGUUCAUCGCUCAUCUCGAGGCUGUAGUUAGCAGCGGUAGAGUGGAGAAGUCACCACACGAACAAGAGAUCAAAUUCUUUGCCAAGGUUGUUUUUUAUAGAUCCUCCCUGCCGCUGGUGAAUCAGUACUUCAAAGAACCACUGCCUGUACUUCCUCCCACUCCUGCCUAAGGUUUGGGCAGUGGAGGGCAUUCGUCCAAUAAGGAGAAGGAGAUGAUUGCCAGUAUCUUCUGUAAGUUGGCUGCUUUGGUGAGACACAGAGUUUCUCUUUUUGGAACGGAUGCAAGCGCAGUGGUAAACUGUCUGCACAUUCUCUCACGAUCACUGGAUGCCAGAACUGGUUAUGAAAUCGGCCCUGAGAUCGUGAAGGCUGGUCCUGCGCCAGUUCUUUGGAGCGCUGCAGAUGACAUUGAGAAAAUGGUUGAAAAUCUGAAACUGGGCAAAGUGUCCAGUCGAAACCAGGUUAAAGGUGUGUCCCAGAACAUCAACUACACCACCACCGCCCUGCCGGUCCUCACCUCACUGUUUGACCACAUCGCCCAGCACCAGUUUGGAGAUGAUGUCAUGAUGGAUGAUUUGCAGAUAUCCUGCUAUCGUUUGAUGUGCAGCAUCUACUCUUUGGGCAACUGUGAAGACUCCACAUGCAGAGAACGACCGGCUCUUGGCGAGUGUUUGGCCCACUUAGCAGCUGCUAUGCCGGUGGCCUUCCUCGAGCCAGCUCUGAACGAAUUCAACACAUUUUCUGUUUACACCACCAAGACUCCCAGAGAGAGAUCCAUUCUGGGUCUUCCCAAUCAAGUAGAGGAGCUUUGCCCCGACAUCCCAGAGCUGGAGGUCCUGAUGAAGGAGAUUCAUGACCUGGCUGAGUCUGGGGCCCGCUACACAGAAAUGCCCCAUGUGAUUGAGAUCACCCUCCCCAUGUUGUGUAACUACCUGCCACGCUGGUGGGAGAGAGGCCUGGAGAAUUUCCCUGAGCUGGAGGGCCAGCUGUGCACCUCCGUCACCUCCGAGCAUCUCAACCAGCUGCUGGGUAGCAUCAUGAAGAUCGUGGUUAACAACCUGGGUAUAGACGAGGCUUCCUGGAUGAAGAGAUUAGCAGUGUUCGCUCAGCCCAUCGUCAGCAGGGCCAAACCAGAGAUGCUUAAAUCCCACUUCAUCCCCACCAUGGAGAAGUUGAAGAAGCGCUCAGGAAAGGUGGUGGCUGAAGAGGAUCAGCUUCGCAUGGAGGCCAAAACAGAGGUGGACAGUGAAAAUGGGACCAUUCGAGAUGAGUUUGCUGUGCUGUGUCGGGACUUGUACGCUCUACCUUUGCUCAUCCGCUACGUGGACAACAACAGGGCCCGGUGGCUGACCUGUCCAGACCCAGAUGCAGAGGAACUUUUCAGGAUGGUGGGAGAGGUCUUCAUUUUCUGGUCAAAGUCUCAUAACUUUAAGAGGGAGGAGCAGAACUUUGUGGUGAUGAACGAGAUCAACAACAUGUCCUUCCUGACUGCAGACAGUAAGAGCAAGAUGACCAAGUCUGGAGGAUCAGAGCAGGAGCGUACCAAGAAGAAGCGGCGGGGGGAUCGCUACUCGGUGCAGACCUCCCUUAUUGUAGCAGCUUUGAAGAAGAUGCUUCCCAUCGGCCUCAAUAUGUGCUCCCCUGCAGACCAGGAGCUCAUCAAUGUGGCCAAGAUCAGAUACUCACUGAAAGACACAGAUGAAGAAGUGAGGGAGUUCCUAAACAACAAUCUGCAUCUGCAAGGCAAGGUGGAGGACCCAGCUAUGCGCUGGCAGAUGUCUCUUUACAAGGAGAUGUCUGGAAAGGCGGAAGAUGCCGAGGAUCCUGAGAAGGUGGUGAAAAGGGUCCAAGAAGUGUCCGCCGUCCUUUACCACAUUGAGGUGACUGAGCAUCCCUUCAAGUCGAAGAAAAUGGUGUGGCACAAGCUGCUGUCUAAACAGCGUCGCAGGGCAGUGGUGGCCUGUUUCAGGAUGACACCGCUCUACAACAUCCCCACGCACAGAGCGACCAACAUGUUCUUGGAUGCCUACAAGCGCAACUGGUUAGAGACGGAGGGUUACUCAUUUGAAGACAAGAUGAUAGACGACCUAUCAAAAGCCAUGGAGGAAGAGGAGGAAGAGGAAGAGGAGACAGAGUCGAAGCCUGACCCCCUUCACCAGCUGAUUCUUCAUUUCAGCCGCACAGCUCUCACAGAAAAGACUAAACUUGACGUUGACCAUCUCUAUAUGUCGUAUGCUGAUAUUAUGGCAAAGAGCUGCCACAUUGGUGAGGAGGACGAAGGGGGAGAACAGGAGGGGGAGGAGCCAUCCUUUGAGGAAAAGGAGAUGGAGAAACAGAGGCUUCUGUACCAGCAGUCCCGUCUGCACAACCGUGGGGCUGCAGAGAUGGUGCUGCAGAUGAUCAGCGCCUGCAAAGGUGAACCAGGAGCCAUGGUUUCUUCAACACUCAAACUGGGAAUCUCCAUCCUCAACGGAGGCAACAGUGACGUGCAGCAGAGAAUGCUGGACUAUCUGAAGGAUAAAAAGGAUGUGGGAUUCUUCCUUAGCGUGCAGGCUCUCAUGCAGACCUGCAGCGUUUUGGACUUGAACGCUUUUGAGAGACAGAAUAAGGCUGAAGGACUUGGGAUGGUUUCAGAGGAGGGCACCAAUAAGAAGCUAGAACGUGAUGAGAAAGUGAUGGCAGACGAUGAAUUUACAUGUGACCUCUUCCGCUUCCUGCAGCUUCUUUGUGAGGGCCAUAAUAACGAUUUCCAGAACUACCUGAGAACUCAGACAGGCAGCACCACGACCAUCAAUGUCAUCAUCUGCACUGUGGACUACCUGCUGCGACUACAGGAGUCAAUCAGUGAUUUUUACUGGUACUACUCAGGAAAAGACAUCAUUGAUGAGCCUGGUAAAAGGAAUUUCUCCAAAGCAAUGACUGUGGCCAAACAGGUCUUCAACAGCCUGACAGAGUACAUCCAGGGCCCCUGUACCGGUAACCAGCAGUCUCUGGCCCACAGCAGGUUGUGGGACGCUGUUGUCGGCUUCCUGCACGUCUUUGCUCAUAUGAUGAUGAAACUUGCUCAGGACUCGAGUCAGAUUGGACUGUUGAAAGAACUGUUGGACCUGCAGAAGGACAUGGUAGUGAUGCUUCUGUCUCUACUUGAAGGUAACGUGGUGAACGGCACCAUUGCCAGGCAGAUGGUUGACAUGUUGGUGGAGUCCUCCAGCAACGUGGAGAUGAUCCUCAAGUUCUUCGACAUGUUCCUCAAGCUCAAGGACAUCGUGGCGUCUGACGCCUUCCGUGACUAUGUGACUGAUCCACGUGGACUCAUCUCAAAGAAGGACUUCUCCAAGGCCAUGGACAGCCAGAAGCAGUACUCUCCUUCAGAAAUUCAGUUCCUCCUUUCCUGCUCAGAGGCCGAUGAGAACGAGAUGAUCAACUUUGAGGAGUUUGCCGAUCGCUUCCAGGAGCCGGCCAAAGACAUCGGAUUCAACAUCGCAGUCCUUCUCACAAAUCUGUCAGAGCAUGUACCUCAUGACACUCGCCUUCAGAACUUCUUGGAGCAGGCAGAGAGCGUACUCAACUAUUUCCGCCCGUUCCUCGGCCGCAUUGAGAUCAUGGGUGCCAGCAGGAAGAUCGAGCGCAUUUACUUUGAGAUCAGCGAGGCGAACCGCAACCAGUGGGAGAUGCCACAGGUCCGAGAGUCCAAGCGGCAGUUUAUCUUCGACGUGGUCAAUGAGGGCGGCGAGAGUGAGAAGAUGGAGAUGUUUGUGAACUUCUGCGAGGACACCAUUUUUGAGAUGAACAUCGCUGCGUCGAUCUCCGAGCCUGAGGGAGAAGGUGCAGAGGAGGAAGACGACGAGGAAGAGGAGGAGGGCGGAGGAGAUGAAGGAGGAGGAGAGUCUGGAGAAGGAGAGGAAGGCAAUGGCGAGGGCGAAGCUCCGGAGUCAACCUCCGCCUUUGCAGACUUCCUGAAGAGUGUCGUCAACUUCUUCAACAUGUUCACCUUCCGAAACCUGCGGCGUCAGUACCGCAAGCUCCGAAAAAUGACCAUAAAGGAGAUGGUGAUCGGCUUGGCUACGUUUAUCUACACUAUUCUGAUGGGCAUCCUGAUAUUUGUCUAUAGUAUAUGUAAGGGCUUCUUCACACUAAUAUGGAAGGCGCUGUUUGGUGGAGGCUUAGUGGAGGGAGCCAAGAAGAUGACAGUCACAGAGAUUCUAGCCAGUAUGCCGGAUCCAACACAAGACGAAGUUCAUGGCGACCUGCCACCUGAACCCGGAGCCAGAGAAGUCCAAGAUGCAGAUGGAGGAAUGGACCAUUUAGACACUGUGGAAGGAGAAGAAGAGGAGGAGGAUGGUGAGGAGAGGGAAGGUGGACGCCUGCCUGGUUUCAAUGCUCCCGGUGGACUCGGAGACUUUGGAGAGACGACGACAGAAGAACCUCCGACUCCAGAGGGCACGCCGCUGCUCAAGAGGAAACUGCUGGCCGCUGCAGUGGGAGGACAAGGCGAGGAGGAAACGGCUGAAGUACAUGAAGAAGAACCUCCUCAGGAGACUGAGAAAGCAGACACUGAGAAUGGAGAGAAGGCAGAGAAACCAGAGCCUGAACCUGAAGCAAAGGAGGAAGAGCCUGCAGUGGAGGAGGAGGAGACGAAAACCGUGAAGACCAAAGCGAAGAAGGACAAGAAACACGCCGAGGAGGGCUUCGAGCUGUGGAAUGAGCUGGAAGUUCAGAGGAUUAAAUUCAUGAACUACCUUUCUCGAAACUUCUACAACCUUCGGUUCUUGGCACUGUUCAUCGCCUUCGCUCUCAAUUUCAUCUUGCUCUUCUACAGGGUGUCUGACAGUCCUCCAGGUGAGGAGGAGUUUGAGGGUUCUGGUCUGUUUGAGGGCUCUGGCCUGUUUGAAGGCUCCGGUGCUGAGGAGGACGGAUCCGGUUUAGAAGACGGAGGAGAAGACGAUGAUGAAGAAGGCCCUUUGUACUACUUCCUGGAAGAGAGCACAGGCUACAUGGAACCAGCCAUGGCUUUCUUGGGUAUCGUCCACACAAUCAUCUCCUUCCUCUGCAUCAUCGGAUACAACUGCCUCAAGGUCCCUCUGGUUAUCUUCAAAAGAGAGAAAGAACUGGCCAGAAAGCUGGAGUUUGAUGGUCUCUAUGUUACUGAGCAGCCUGAGGACGAUGACAUCAAGGGCCAGUGGGACAGAUUGGUGCUCAAUACUCCAACAUUCCCCAACAAUUACUGGGACAAGUUUGUCAAAAGAAAGGUUCUGGAUAAAUACGGUGACAUCUAUGGCAGAGAGAGAAUUGCGGAGUUGCUCGGUAUGGAUUUGGCUUCUCUAGACGUCAGCGCCAUGACGCACGAAAAGAAGCCUGAACCCGACACCUCGAUGUUCAGCUGGAUAACAUCUAUCGACAUCAAAUACCAGAUCUGGCAGUUUGGUGUUGUCUUCACCGACACUACCUUCCUCUACCUGGUUUGGUACAUGUUAAUGUCUCUGCUUGGACACUACAACAACUUCUUCUUCGCCGCUCAUCUUCUGGACAUCGCCAUGGGUGUCAAGACCCUGCGCACCAUCCUGUCCUCCGUCACCCACAACGGCAAACAGCUGAUGAUGACGGUGGGUUUGCUGGCUGUCGUCGUCUACCUGUACACUGUGGUGGCCUUCAACUUCUUCCGCAAGUUCUACAACAUGAGUGAAGAUGAGGAUGAACCGGACAUGAAGUGCGACGACAUGAUGACUUGUUACCUGUUCCACAUGUACGUCGGCGUGCGCGCUGGUGGUGGCAUUGGUGAUGAAAUCGAGGACCCGGCUGGAGAUGAGUAUGAGCUCUACCGAGUCUUCUUUGACAUCACCUUCUUCUUCUUUGUCAUCGUCAUCCUGCUGGCUAUCAUCCAGGGUUUGAUCAUUGACGCCUUUGGAGAGCUGAGAGACCAGCAGGAGCAGGUCAGAGAGGACAUGGAGACCAAAUGUUUCAUCUGCGGAAUAGGAAGCGACUACUUUGACACGACGCCGCAUGGCUUCGAGACGCACACUUUAGAAGAACACAAUUUGGCCAACUACAUGUUCUUCUUGAUGUAUCUCAUCAAUAAAGAUGAAACAGAACACACAGGACAGGAGUCAUACGUGUGGAAGAUGUACCAGGAGCGAUGCUGGGACUUCUUCCCGGCUGGAGACUGCUUCAGGAAGCAGUAUGAGGACCAGCUCGGAUAAAGUCCUGCAUCUUCAACAUGCGUCUAAAUGAGAAAAAGAGGAGAGAGGAGGGAAAUUUCAGAGAGAGGAAAGAUUUUAAAUUUACAGAUUGAACACAUCUAUGUCUUAGUUUUGCCUUCUGCAUAUUGCUCUCCUCGGUUAAAGCUAUGCACACUUUGACUCCACCUGCAGGAGAACUUUGACGGAAUUACAUGAAGAAAAACAGAGUAAUAAUGACAACCAGAAGCCAGGGGCCUUUUUAUUCCGCUAUGAAAUACACUACUUGGCCUUUUUCAUUUCAAAUAUACAUAGAUUGCCUUGCAUCAAUUGUGUCUUUACACAAGGGGCUCUUUUAGUCGCUGCUGCUGUAAACGUUCUAGUGCCUAUAGCAAUGUCACUGCUUUAGCCAUCAGGUAGUUUAGGCUUUUAGUUUUGUUUGAGAUUUGACUGGAUAUGUCUUAUUUACAUUGUUUGUAAGACUGGAUUUUUUUUUGUAUGUGACUGCAGCCAUUUUUGAUUAUUGAUUUCAGUGAGAGAGCGUUUCAAAAGACGAUGAUUCAGUCGUACGUUCGAGAUCCUGGAGGGAGCACUGGACACUUUUUGGCCCCUCUCUCGCUCCUUUUCUCACAAAAGACACAGAAACUUAUCUUCAAACAAGCGAUCGUGAAUGAAAACUGACUUGGACUGACUUGCCAAGAUAAUAAACGUAGUAGUAUCUCAGUUAAUCGGCGUGAUUCAGCUACGUAGACGAACCCAGUUGGCACUCUGAAGUCUUACGAUGCGUCCCUGGGUGUAUGUGGUCCCCUAUCUCCACUGGUGUCUCUGUGCCAUAUAAGAUAGUGAAGAUGUACACAUACAGCGUAGGAGGAUGCCAAGGUUAUUUAUUUAUUAUUUAUACACAGAUCAGAUCUUCUGAAGACGACCGUUUUAGCCCGUCUGUAUCUCUGGCCAACAGUCUGUUCUAAUGACACUUUAUGCACAAAUAAGUUUUUGUGAGUGCAUUAAAAAUAAGUAUUGAAUGUAUUUAAUGUAUACAUUUUGGCCAAAGUGUCACCUGUAUUACUGAGUAUCGACUAGGCUGCUUCGGGGGCCUUUUGAAAAGACAUAUUUUACAUAAAUCAUAGAUACAUAUAUUUUUUUCUUUAGGGCUUUUGAGGAGUUUAAAUGAUCCAUGCUACUUUGUCAGACAUGAACAUGUUUGUGAAAUCCACGGUGGUGAAGAGAAUUUGGUCUUACACUGAAGUAAAUGCCCAGUUUGCAGUCAGAAGGGAGAAAAAUUGGCUUUUGUUUUUGCUGGUUAGGUUUUUACGAUAGAUAUUUUUAGGAAUUCAGCAUAUCGGUUAUUUUUCUCGAUCAAGAAAAGUCACGUGUGAUGCGUUGAUCUCAGACAGUUCUGCCUUUACUACGCCUCCUUCAGAUCACGUACAAACCCACAAACUCUCCAUCUUGUAUUUAGUGUUACGAUAUUGUCAGAGACAGAGCAGUAUUUUGGUUGCUGAUGACUCUGAAGUGUGCUUUUGUCCUGCUGUGGAUCCACACAGAGGCUGCUGAUGGUCUGGAGCUGAAUGGAGAUCACUACUUUCCACUUGACCGAGUGUCCUCUGACUGAACCCUGUGUUUCAAUACAGAAUAAACAGAUUAUUUUAAGGAGAACUCGAA